CUGAUUCAUGAAUGCGAGCAGUUGACGUUCCUUUUCUUAUUUCUUUAUUCAAAUCAACCGCUGGACAUACCGUGCGUCUUUUGUAAUGCGCGUGCGUGAAAGCGCACGGGUUCCCGUUCAAUCAAAUAAUUCCUGGAUCUGCCACACGUGUUUUCGGUGGGAAAAGGCUUAUUUGAGUCGCUGGCAAAACUUGAGCCUGUUUGGCCACGCAAAGCAACAGCAAAACAUUUUUGCGCUUUUCUUUAGUUUGCUCAAGGAAAAUGAAUAUACACAACAAAAGUGGCACAGAUAUGCCCGAAAGCCAUACAGACCUGGAGGCGCCGAAAAAAAUAAUAUUCGGCAUCGGAACGGACAAUCUUGUUACGCUUCUUAUUUUUGGACUAAUUUUCACUCUUGGCGUCCUGGGAAACUCGUUGGUCAUCACCGUUCUGGCACGGCGCAGACCUGGCCAACAACGCAGCACCACCAACAUUUUCAUCCUCAACCUCAGCAUCGCUGAUCUCUUUUAUCUUCUGUUUUGCAUCCCCUUUCAGUCCACCGUGUAUAUGCUACCGACGUGGAUCCUCGGAGAGUUCAUCUGCAAGUUCAUCCACUACUUUUUCACGGUGUCCAUGUUGGUUAGUAUCUUUACACUGUCGGCUAUGUCCGUGGAUCGAUAUAUCGCCAUUGUGCACUGCAGGAAGUCGUCUUCCAUCAGGGUUGUGAGACACGCGCUGAUUGGAGUGGUCGUUAUAUGGGUACUGUCUUUGGCCAUGGCUGCACCGGUCGCCUACCACCAGAGCAUCGUUGAAAGUAACGAUAACAGUACAUUUUGCUGGGAAGUGUGGCCCGAUCACAAUCGGAGAAAAAUCUACGUGGUGUUCACGUUUAUCUUUGGAUACCUGCUACCUUUAAUUCUGAUCUCUUUUUGUUAUGCAAAGGUACUGAAUCACCUACACAAAAAGCUAAAGAAUAUAUCAAAGAAGUCUGAUGUAUCCAAAAAGAAGACGGCGCAGACGGUUCUGGUGGUGGUGGUGGUCUUCUGCCUGUCCUGGUUGCCCCACCAUGUGGUGCACCUGUGGGUGGAGUUUGGCUCCUUCCCCCUCACCCAGGCCUCCUUCCUCUUGCGGGUGGCCGCCCACUGCCUGGCCUACAGCAACUCAUCUGUCAAUCCCGUCAUCUAUGCCUUCCUGUCAGAGAACUUCCGGCAGGCUUACCGGCAGGUGUUCCGCUGCCAGGUGGGCAGCGAGUGCCCCGUGCGCGUUGCCCAGGAGAUGAGGGACAAGGCGGAGGCAGUACUCUCCACCAACUGCACCACCGUCUGAUUUCCCACAGCUGCCUACGUCGGCACGGGUCUGAGCACGCCCCCCUGCAACUCUGCAUUAGUGAGGCUUUGCCCUGAUGCAGCAGGGAAAUGAGACUGGUGCAGACCCAUGCAAAGUAGAUGUAAUAAAGGCCCUAGGAAUUCCUCCUUGGCCCUACAGUCAAGCCUACAACCAUUACAUUUCCCCCAAUAGCCUAUAGCCUACUCCUGUGGAUACCUGUGAUUUACUCUGUGUGUGUGUGUGUGUGUGUGUGUAUGAUGCUGUGGCCAAACAGAGUGGAGAAAUGUUAUCUGUACUGUAUUUAGCCACUAAGGACAUUAGCUUGAAUAUUAGAUAGCUUGAUUUUACUCAGACAUUGCACUAGAUUAGUUUAGACGGACAUUUUGACUAAGCUUGAUGUGUAUUUGAGUUGGUCUUUGCUGAUUAUGUGUAUUGUUUAAAAAAGGGAAUACAAAAAUACAUAUAUAUAUAUAUAUAUAGGAUUCUUUAAAAAAGAAGUCAAACUUAUUCAGAGCUUCAGUCACAACUGAUGAAAGAAUGUGCCCAUUGAUAGAGUGGUCAUGUGUUUGUGUGCGUGUAGGUGUGAGCGUGUGUCUGAAAUGUGUAUAUCUGGGUGUGUGUACACUUUCUUCUAUACUCUUUGUGCCAUAUGCAAGUCUUAAAAAAAAUCUAAUUUUUUUUUUUUUUUUGCAACUGGUGUCAUUAUUUAGAUAUCUGAUUUGAAUACUAGAGUGGAGUUUUGCUAUUACACGUGAGUAACAUUUAAUUAACGUUGUUAUAUCAUUAUGCACAAAACAGAAGUAAAAAAUAGUGCAAUCCUUCAAUCUUCAUUAAACUGUAUCUGCAAGAAUGG